AUGAGGCCGUGGCAGUGGGCGCAGGUGUGGAUGUGGCUGGCUGGGCUGGGGACCGUAGAAUCAGCACCCAUCCUGGAGAAUGCCAAGGCCUUGGCCCGGGGAGCAGAGUCUCCACUCUUCCUAGACAGACCUGACUUCUUUGAUUACCCAGACUCGGACCAAGCCAGGCUCCUGGCCCUGGCCCAGUUCAUUGGAGAGAGACCUGUCAUCUUUGUUAACUCAGGUUCCGACUCCAUGCUCUUCCAUCACAUCCUGGUGGGCGCUCUGGUGGUGGCCUUCAUCUUCCUGCUUUUCCAGUUCUGCACACACAUGUAA